UAUAAUCACAAACUGAUAACGAGAACAUCAUAUGGAAAUUAAAUGAAAUCAGAUGAAAAUGUUAAAUUCUUAUCGUUGGCCCUUGCACUGUUGCAGUUGCCACUUGCCAGUUUGCAGUUUGCACUUCACGUCAUUACUUGUGUAUUUUCGAAAAUUGUGUUCAGCGGAUUAAAUAUUAGGGAAGACUAGAUAUAUUAGAGUCUCAACUACACACAUUACACGACAAUAUUGUGGAACGAUUGGUAGGUAAAUACAAUUAUCGAAAAUUAAAUGACAAGGGCAUGAUUACUAUAGUUAUUACCUAAUUUGUAUUGAUACGAACGAUCAUUAAGAAUAAUAUACUAUAAUGAUGAUCUCAAGUUCUUAAUUCAGUUAAUCCCACAGCUAUCUACCUACUCGAACGUCAUUGUUGUCAGAUGUUAAUCAAACGUUUGUAUUCAAUUUUUAAAAAUACAUUUUCUGACAUGGACAAUCUUAUUGCUGUUUGUCAAAUUACAUCGACUGCCAAUAAAGAAAAAAACUUUCAAGCGUGCAAGACACUAAUUACUAAUGCUCAUAAAUGUGGAGCUAAAAUGAUUUUCUUGCCAGAGUCAUUUGAUUACAUUGAAGAAGAUAAAGCUAAAUCAUUACAGAUGGCUGAAUCUCUAGAUGGAUCUCUUAUCAAUAAUUAUAAAUCAUUAGCUAAGUCGUUGGAUAUUUGGCUCUCUUUAGGUGGAUUUCAUGAAAAGUUUUCAGAAACUAAAUUAAGGAACACACAUUUGGUUAUCAACAAUAAAGGAGAAAUAGCUGAAACAUAUCAUAAAAUACAUUUAUAUGAUGUACAGAUACCUUCAAAAAAUAUCCAAGCCUUCGAAUCAAAUUUAGUUGAAUCUGGUACCGAAAUCUCACCACCAGUUAAAACUCCAAUUGGGAAUAUUGGUUUAGCAAUUUGUUAUGAUAUGAGAUUUUCUCAGAUGGCUAUAGCAUUAGCCGAGAAUGGAGCAGACAUUUUAACGUAUCCAUCAGCAUUUUUCUUCGGGACAGGUGCUUAUCAUUGGGAAAUAUUAUUGCGAGCCAGAGCCAUUGAAACUCAAUGUUAUGUAAUUGCUGCUGCACAAACCGGCAAUCAUAGCUCAGCUAGAAAAUCUUGGGGUCACUCACUGGUAGUUGAUCCACUAGGAACAGUAAUAGCACAAUGUUCUGAAGAACCCGGUUUUGUUUUGGCACCAAUUGAUUUAUCAUUAAUUAAAAGUAUUCGUCAGUCAAUGCCUUUGGAAUGCCAUAGACGAUACGAUAUUUACCCAAAAAUGAUUUCAAGUACCUUAUGUAGGAUUAAGUCUAUUGAAGAUUUUAAUGAAUUUAAAUUUGGUUCAUCAAUAGUUAAAGGCUUACAAGUAUUUUACCAAACACAAUUAUCCUUAGCAUUUACCAAUAUUAAAUGUGUUUUACCAGGACAUGUUUUAGUUGCUCCUCUUAGAGCUGUGGAAAAAUUAACGGACUUAUCCAAUUACGAAGUUGAGGAUCUAUUCCUUGCAGUUCAAAAGGUUCAAAAAACCAUUGAACAAGUACACAACACUAAUUCAUCAUCUAUUGUUAUUCAAGACGGUCAACAUGCUGGACAAACGAUUAAACACGUUCAUGUUCAUAUUAUUCCAAGAAAGUCUGGAGAUUUUUUGGUGAAUGAUGAUAUAUACAGAAAAUUACAAAAUGAAAAAUACUGCAUUGAUCCAAGGAGAAGCGAUGAGGAGAUGGCACAAGAAGCUAAAUUAUUAAGAUCAUUAUUUUAAGUAACUUAGUUUUAAAAAUUAUUGCUAUUAGUUGUUUAAAUUAAAUUGUUGCCUUUUACCAAUAAUUAUAAUACAAAUAUAAACUAUAUCACUAUAAAUUAUUAUAAUCAAUGUUUUUUUUCUCACUUUAUUCUUAAACUAUUAGAUAAUGUAUAAUAUAAUCAAGUCUCAUGUGGUGAAUACAAAAAAAAUGGACAUAAUAAAUUUUCUUCAAAUAAAAAAAAAGGUUCCGUUUUCCACUAAAAAAUAAAAUUAUUAUCAACUCUUAGAAAUAUGAAAACAUUAAACACAGUUUUUCUCCAUAAAACAAGUAUUGGUUAUUAUAUUUCAUUAAAUUAAAAUUUUUGGCAGGGUGAUACAAUAAUAUUAUACUCAUGUUUGACUAUGAAACACUUAAAAAAAAAAUGCUAUAAUUUAAUAUUUGGUAUGUGUCAACAUAAUAUAUUAUAUUAUAACAUUAAUUUAAAAUAUUACAGCACACUGAUUUUUCAGAAGAAAAUUGAAUUUAAUGUUUCCAUUUGUACAUAGGUUAUUAGAAAACUUUAUUCUUUUGAGGAAACAUUCUGUUUUUAUUGUAUAAAGAAAAUAUGACUGGCCCACAAAAUAUUAAGUGUUAGGAAGUUAAUUAUAAAUGGUAACUGUGAAGAAUUAAUACAAAAUAGUGUAUACACAAAUAAAUAAUAUGUUUUUGAUAGAA